AAGUUGAAAAAAAAAAAUCAAAAGUGAAGAGCAUCUCAAUUUUUUUCAUCUAAAGUGGUUAUAGCCAAGUAACAUAUCCAUAAAACAAUAACACAACAAUGAAGUUAGAUACAUCUCAUAUGAGGUAUUUGACCUCUGAUGAUUUCAAAGUACUUCAAGCUUUGGAAUUAGGGACUAGAAACCACGAAUUAGUUCCAACCACUUUGAUUCAUACUUUAGGUGGAUUAAGAUCAGUAACUGGUACCAAUCGAUCUAUUGGGGAUUUAGCCAAAUUAAAACUUGUUUCAAGAUUAAGAAAUGCCAAAUAUGAUGGUUUCAGAUUGACUUACUCUGGGUAUGAUUACCUUGCUUUAAAAUCAAUGUUAAAUAGAGAAACUUUAUAUUCUGUGGGGACUACUAUUGGGGUGGGUAAAGAAUCAGAUAUUUAUUCAGUAAGUGAUCCAGAAGGAGUUGCUAAAGUUUUAAAGAUUCAUAGAUUAGGAAGAACCUCAUUCAAAACAGUUAAGAACAAUAGAGAUUAUUUAAAGAAUAAACAUACAUCAAAUUGGAUGUAUUUAUCAAGAUUAGCAGCCGAAAAGGAAUUUGAAUUCAUGACUAUAUUAUAUCAAAAUGAUUUCACUGUCCCUCAACCUUUCGAUUAUUCAAGACAUUGUGUGAUGAUGGAAUGGAUUAAAGGAAUGCCUAUGAAACAUUUACGUAAACAUAAGAACCAUCAAAGAUUAUAUUCUGAUUUAAUGAAUUUCAUUGUUAAAUUAGCUAAUCAUGGUUUAAUUCAUUGUGAUUUUAAUGAAUUUAAUAUUAUAAUAAGAGAUGAUGAAAGUGUUAAAGAUCAUGAGUUUGAUUUCGUGGUUAUUGAUUUCCCUCAAUGUGUGUCUAUUGAACAUGUAGAUGCCAAACAAUACUUUGAUAGAGAUGUGGAAGGUAUAAGAUCAUUUUUUGAAAAGAAAUUCAGAUAUAAACCAACCCAAGACCCUACCAUGUUAGAUACUGAAGGUUAUGGUGAUGGUUAUAAAUACGCAUAUCCAGACUUUGAACGUGAUAUUCAAAGAGUAAAGAGUUUAGAUGUUGAAGUUAAAGCUUCAGGUUAUGCAAAGAAGAGAACUGGGGUAAGAGAAGAUAAGGAUUUGGAACAAGCCGUUAUGAGUAUGAGAUUGAAUACUGGUGAAGAUGAAGAUGAAGGUGAACUCGAUGACGAAGAAGAUGAUGAUGAAGAUGAAGAAGAUGACGACGAAGACUCAAAUGAAUAUGAUCUUGAAGACGAAGACGAAGGCGAUGAAGAAGAAGAAGAAAAUUUACAUCAAGAAAAUGAAAAGAUUAUCGAAGCAUUACAAAGUGGAGUUAAAAAUCUUAAAAUGGAUAAAUUGGGUAAUUAUAUUAUAGAUGACGAAGAUGAAACUUAAUAGUUGUACAUAUUAAAAUAGAUAGAUAUAAAUAAAUGAUAUUUUUUAUUUUCAAAUUAUCGUAAUGAUAUGUAUUUAUGAAGCCCGGAAAAUUAUAAAAAAAGAAUGAAAAAUAUAUGAUAGACAAAAAAUAUGAAAAAAUAUACAGUAGAAUUAAUUAAUUUUUAGUUAAGUACAAUUUUUUUCUAUUUUUUUAAUUUUAACGGGUGGCCAUACCUUUGGUAACAGCUCUCUUUAAGGUUAAUUCAGCCUUUCUGUAAUCAUCAGCAGAUGAGUCUUCAAUUUCUAAAGUUUGUAAAGCAUCAGAUAAAGCAGAUUCAAUCUUUUCUU